CCGGAAGUGACGCUAUCGGUCGCCAGGCAAGCAGGGGCUUUCCCGCCCUGCAGGGUCUCAGAGCCCACCGACAUCGCUCACGCCUCCCGGCUUGGUUCGUUUGAGUAAGGAUGAAAGAGGUAUUCGUUCGUCCUUACCAUUCCGUAACAUUCGUGAGCUGACCCUGUGCUGGGGAUGCUCCGGUGGCUGAGACAGCCCCAGUCUCCAUGCUACGGAGCUCACAGUUCAGUGAGGGAUAUAGACGCAUCACCAGCUGAAGAGGAGGUUACCGAGAAAAUAUGUCCAACAUGCAGAAAAUCAAGAGGCUGAGAGAAUUAUGAGCUGUACCAAGUAGAGCUGGGUCCUGGUCCUAGUGGGGACAUGGCAGCCAAGAUGAGCAAGAAGAAGGCGGGCCGUGGUGGGGGCAAGAGGAAGGAGAAGCUGGAGAACAUGAAGAAGGAGAUGGAGAUUAAUGACCACCAGCUGUCUGUGGCAGAGCUGGAACAGAAAUACCAGACCAGUGCAACCAAGGGCCUGUCUGCCAGCCUGGCUGCAGAGCUGCUGCUGCGGGAUGGGCCCAACGCGCUGAGGCCGCCACGGGGCACCCCUGAGUACGUCAAGUUCGCAAGGCAGCUGGCGGGCGGUCUGCAGUGCCUCAUGUGGGUAGCAGCGGCCAUCUGCCUCAUUGCCUUUGCCAUCCAGGCCAGCGAGGGCGACCUUACCACGGACGACAAUCUAUACCUGGCACUGGCCCUCAUCGCUGUGGUUGUGGUCACGGGCUGCUUUGGCUACUAUCAGGAGUUUAAGAGCACCAACAUCAUCGCCAGCUUCAAGAACCUUGUGCCCCAGCAAGCGACUGUGAUCCGAGAUGGGGACAAGUUCCAGAUCAAUGCAGAUCAGCUCGUGGUAGGCGACCUGGUGGAGAUGAAAGGCGGGGAUCGAGUGCCAGCCGACAUCCGCAUCCUCCAGGCCCAGGGCUGCAAGGUGGACAACUCCUCGCUGACCGGAGAGUCGGAGCCGCAGACCCGCUCACCCGAGUGCACACACGAGAGCCCCCUGGAGACCCGCAACAUCGCCUUCUUCUCCACCAUGUGCCUCGAGGGCACGGCACAGGGCCUGGUGGUGAACACCGGCGACCGCACCAUCAUCGGGCGCAUUGCGUCCCUGGCCUCGGGGGUAGAAAACGAGAAGACGCCCAUCGCUAUCGAAAUCGAACACUUUGUGGACAUCAUCGCAGGCCUGGCCAUCCUCUUUGGUGCCACGUUUUUCAUUGUGGCCAUGUGCAUCGGCUACACCUUCCUGCGGGCCAUGGUCUUCUUCAUGGCCAUCGUGGUAGCCUAUGUGCCUGAGGGGCUGCUGGCCACGGUCACGGUCUGCCUGUCCCUGACAGCCAAGCGGCUGGCCAGCAAGAACUGUGUUGUCAAGAACCUGGAAGCGGUGGAGACACUGGGCUCCACGUCAGUCAUCUGCUCUGACAAGACGGGGACCCUCACUCAGAAUCGCAUGACUGUGUCCCACCUGUGGUUCGACAACCACAUCCACUCAGCUGACACUACAGAAGACCAGUCAGGGCAGACAUUUGACCAGUCCUCAGAGACGUGGCGGGCGCUGUGCCGCGUGCUCACCCUCUGCAACCGCGCUGCCUUCAAGUCGGGCCAGGACGCGGUGCCUGUGCCCAAGCGCAUCGUGAUCGGAGACGCGUCCGAGACGGCGCUGCUCAAGUUCUCGGAGCUGACGCUGGGCAAUGCCAUGGGCUACCGUGAGCGCUUCCCCAAAGUCUGCGAGAUCCCCUUCAACUCCACCAACAAGUUCCAGCUGUCCAUCCACACACUGGAGGACCCUCGGGACCCGAGGCACGUGCUUGUGAUGAAGGGCGCCCCCGAGCGCGUCCUGGAGCGCUGUAGCUCCAUCCUCAUCAAGGGCCAGGAGCUGCCACUGGAUGAGCAAUGGCGCGAGGCCUUCCAGACUGCCUACCUCAGCCUGGGAGGCCUCGGAGAGCGGGUCCUGGGCUUCUGCCAGCUCUACCUGAGUGAGAAGGACUACCCGCCUGGCUAUGCCUUCGACGUGGAGGCCAUGAACUUUCCAACCAGUGGCCUGUGCUUCGCGGGACUCGUAUCCAUGAUAGACCCACCCCGGGCCACUGUUCCUGAUGCCGUGCUCAAGUGCCGAACAGCAGGCAUCCGGGUGAUCAUGGUGACAGGUGACCACCCCAUCACAGCCAAGGCCAUUGCGGCCAGUGUGGGCAUCAUCUCGGAAGGCAGCGAGACAGUGGAGGACAUUGCAGCCCGCCUCCGUGUGCCCGUGGACCAGGUUAAUCGGAAGGAUGCCCGAGCCUGCGUGAUCAACGGCAUGCAGCUGAAGGACAUGGACCCAUCAGAGCUGGUCGAAGCCCUGCGUACCCACCCUGAGAUGGUCUUUGCUCGCACCAGUCCCCAGCAGAAGCUGGUGAUUGUGGAGAGCUGCCAGCGACUGGGUGCAAUCGUGGCUGUGACAGGGGAUGGUGUGAAUGACUCCCCAGCCCUGAAGAAGGCAGACAUCGGUGUGGCCAUGGGUAUUGCUGGCUCGGAUGCUGCCAAAAAUGCAGCCGACAUGAUCCUGCUGGAUGACAACUUCGCCUCCAUUGUGACUGGCGUGGAGCAGGGCCGACUGAUCUUUGACAACUUGAAAAAGUCCAUCGCCUACACGUUGACCAAGAACAUCCCUGAACUGACGCCCUACCUCAUUUACAUCACCGUCAGCGUGCCCCUGCCCCUCGGGUGCAUCACCAUCCUCUUCAUUGAACUCUGCACUGACAUAUUUCCAUCUGUGUCCCUGGCGUAUGAGAAGGCCGAGAGUGACAUCAUGCACCUGCGCCCGCGGAAUCCAAAGCGUGACCGGUUGGUCAACGAGCCCCUGGCUGCCUACUCCUACUUCCAGAUCGGUGCCAUCCAGUCAUUUGCUGGGUUCACUGACUACUUCACGGCCAUGGCCCAGGAGGGCUGGUUCCCACUGCUGUGUGUGGGGCUGCGGCCACAGUGGGAGAACCACCACCUACAAGACCUGCAGGACAGCUAUGGCCAGGAGUGGACGUUUGGGCAGCGCCUGUACCAGCAGUACACCUGCUACACUGUGUUCUUCAUCAGCAUCGAGAUGUGCCAGAUUGCUGACGUCCUCAUCCGCAAGACGCGCCGCCUCUCAGCCUUCCAGCAGGGCUUCUUCAGGAACAGGAUCCUGGUGAUCGCCAUCGUGUUCCAGGUCUGCAUCGGCUGCUUCCUGUGCUACUGCCCCGGGAUGCCCAACAUCUUCAACUUCAUGCCCAUUCGGUUCCAGUGGUGGCUGGUUCCCAUGCCCUUUGGCCUCCUCAUCUUCGUCUAUGAUGAGAUCAGGAAACUUGGAGUUCGCUGUUGCCCAGGGAGUGAGUAUGGGGAUUGGGGGCGUGAGGGUGGCGGGCUGAGCCAUUCUCGCAGCAGCUGCCCUGCCCUUGGAUUUUCAAUACUUGACCUUCAAGCCCUUGAUCCUCCAUAUCAAACCACCACCAAGCCAUGACCUCUGAGCCCCUGGCUCCCAUCCCAACCCAAAUCCCCCCAGCACUGAGUCUCCUUUCUUCCUCUCUCUCUCUCCCAGGCUGGUGGGACCAGGAACUCUACUAUUAGAGGGACCAUUGCCUGCAAGCCAUCCUUGCAUACACCACAAUGGGGGGCAGGGACACACGGAACCCCUGGGACAGCCACCGAAACAUCUGCGCAGUCAAGAGUCCCAGCCCCGCCUGUGUCUGCUCUUGUAGCCCAUAGCCCCUCAACCUUGGGGGCACACUCCCACCCCACAGAGGAGCAGUCUCUAGGCCCAGUCUUCUGAGCUGGCCACAGGGAAGCCCCCCCAGGGUGGGAGGGCUUUGAUGGGGAGUGGGAAUUAGCAGCUCCUGUGAGGUGGGUCUGUCCUUA